UACCCAGUCAUGAGGGGUCAAGACCUUUCAGCGGUCACUAGUUACACUACUCAGAGAUCAUCCAUUCUACCUCUCUAUGAAAAUACUUUCCAGGAGCUACAAGUGGUAAGGCGGAAUCUAAACUUAUUCAGAACCCAAAUGAUGGAUUUGGAAUUGACUAUGUUACGUCAACAGACAACAGUUUAUCAGCAUAUGACAGAAGAGGAAAGAUACGAAGCUGAUCAGCUACAGAGCUUGAGAAAGUCUGUCCGCAUGGAGCUACAGGAGUUAGAGAUGCAGUUAGAAGAACGUCUACUUGCUUUGGAAGAUCAACUGAGAAGUCUGCACAUGUCUUCACCUUACAGACCUCAGACACACGUAGGUAUGUAUGGAAGCAGAAGUGCUGACAAUCUUUCAUGCCCUUCUCCAUUGAAUGUCAUUGAACCAGUCUCUGAACUUAUUCGAGAGCAGUCAUUUCUGAAGUCUGAACUGGGUUUAGGACUGGGAGAUCUUGGACUGGAAACUCUCCCUGCAGAGGGUACAGAGUCUGUAUUCUCCCAUGGAAACUCUGAUUCCUCUUCAGUGUGCUCCGGUCAUGCAGGUAGAAAAGCUGGUGUUGGAUCCUCUGAACUAACAGGAAAGUCUAAGAGUCAAAGCAAGAAAUUAUACCGAGCCUCUGUUGCCUUAACACCAACUCCCCCAGUGAGAGCAGGUGCUGGACAGCAUGUGGAAAGCUCUGAGGAGCUUGUGGACUCCAAGCCAGAGGUGGAGCGCAAACUUGAAAAAGUCCCUCUCGUGCCUUUGGUUGAUGAAAUCCACAAAAGCGUGGAGCAGGAGGAGCUGCAGCAAGUCAUACGGGAGGUGAGGAGGGAGAGGCUGAGAUCUAAGAUGUUUGAACAAUGUUUACUGAAACCUAAAGACAGGCUAUCU